UCAAAGACGAAUAAACGGAUCCCUGAGUUUUGACAGGGAUUGGUCAGCAUAUAAAAAUGGCUUCGGUUCACCAGAACAAGAUGUCUGGGUUGGAAAUGACUUAAUACAUCUGUUAACAAAAGAAAACUCGGCCCUGUAUGUAUCCAUCACUCUCCAGAAUGGUACAACGCUGUAUGAAAUGUACGACAGAUUCUCUGUGUCCGACGAAGCAGGAAAAUAUCAACUCUCUCUUGCAGGACCUGCCACGGGAACUCUAGGUGACCACAUGAGAAGCUACGAUCUGUCUGGGAUGUCCUUCAGUACCCCGGACAGGGAUAACGACAGAAAUAGUGCUGGUAACUGUGCUGCUGACAGUAUCCGUAGAGGAGGCUGGUGGUUCAACGCCUGUCACCGAGCCUUCCUUAACGGUCAAUGGUCCCCGGGGUCCUGGUCCUGGCCAUGGUAUCCCACAGUAAAGAAUGGGACGUCAGUGAGGGGGACCACCAUGAUGGUCAGACGUCACUAGACGAAAGAUCAUCCAUCAAUGAGACGAAUCCAUUUUGAUUCAAGAGACGGUUUAUUUUUAACUUUUAUCACGG